CCGAGUGGCAAUCCCGUUGUCCGCGUGCUCAGAUCCCCGCAUGUGAUGCGCAGCAGACUGGCGCUUGCCCGCAAGCUACCGUCGUUAUCGUCCAUAGAUCUUGGAUCUCGUGCUCGACAUCAACGUCGGCAUACUUUGCUCGGAUUGCAUGUGAACUAUGUCGGCGCCCGCUACUACGUUCCUCAUGGUCCAAGGGUGUCCGUGAGUGCACGAAUGAACGAACAGUUUCCACAACCCAUCCAGGUCGGGACGUAUCGCCAUUGCAUGAGCAUCUGGCGCGAUACCCACCCUGCUCCUACCAUUCUACGUCAGCUGUCGAGGCAAUCGCGGACCUGGCACUCUGUUUCGAAGCAGGCGCUACGGAUGUAGCUGUCCGGCAUUGCUUGCUGCUCCUGCUUUGAGACACCAGAAUGAGCAAUCCCUACUCCGAUCGACCCAGCAAUUCACGCCCGAUCCCCGAUUACUACAACAACACCUACUCUCGGACAUCUUAUGCGACAGUAGCAGCUGGGAGAAACGCGCAAGGCACAUCGGAGCAACGUUCAAGGCAGCCGACCGAGCCUGGAGACGAAGAGGGAGAUCGUGAGCGCGAACCACGCGAGGCGACAUUGACGAGCUGGGACAAUAUGGCGGGAACGGGGAGAUAUGAUCAAGAUGGAGGAAGGAGACCAGAGACGGGCAGCGGUACAACGGGGACAUAUGGUGGCGAUACGAUUCGAUACGAUGGUUUGGGCUGCCACGAGCAUGAGGACCACCCGGCCUUCUUCACGCCCUCAUAUCUUCGACACUCCAGGCACGUGCAGAAGCUGAAGCAAGAAUAUGAGGAACAUGUCGCUCACCUGAAGACACUGGCAAACAGGAACGCAAGGCCAUAUCAUUCGAGCCUGUCCACCAGUUCGAGCUUGACGAAUCUCAACAAGCUGUCUUCACAGCACGUACACCGUGGCCCUGUGCAAGACGUGAUUGAGAGGCUACCGCCUCCGUCUGCCGAAGAAACACAACUGCAUCCGUUGCCUAGCAGAUGGAACGAAGAUGACAAAUGGAAUGGACUGGAGAUCCUGGCUGACGGCACCGAGGCUCGUUUUAAUGGAGUGACCAAGACGCAAGAUGAUGCAGCAUCAGUGAGGUCCGAUCACUACAUACCGAAGGAGGUUGGGAUUUAUUACUUCGAGGUGACGAUACUAUCUCGUGUAAAGGAUGCCAUGAUAGGCAUCGGAUUUUCCAGCAGGAAGGCAAAUCUCAAUAGACUACCAGGCUGGGAACAAGAGUCUUGGGCAUAUCACGGUGACGACGGCUAUGUGUUUGCGUGCACCGCGAGUGGCAAGGCGUAUGGACCCAAGUUCACCAGUCAGGAUGUAAUUGGCUGCGGCAUCAACUUCAAGACGGGCACCGCGUUCUUCACCAAGAACGGGACACAUUUGGGCACAGCCUUUCAUAAUGUCAGAGCGGACAAGCUGUAUCCCUCCGUGGGGAUGAAGAAGGCGCAAGAUUCCUUACGCGUCAACUUCGGCAAGACGCCCUUUGUCUUUGACAUUGAUGGGCUGAUCGAGCAGGAGCGCAAGACUACUCUGGCAGAGCUCGAUCGGGCUGACGUGUCACAUUUGCAUCCUCCCGACGACGAGAAUGCACUGAUUCACAAUCUCAUUGGGCAGUACCUUGCGCACGAAGGCUACGUGGAGACAGCAAAGGCGUUUGCGAAGGACGUCGAAGAACAACAGCAGGCCUUCAACGGGCCAUCACAGCCACUCCGAGUUUCAAGUGAAGACGAUCAACACGCGAACCACCGCCAACGAAUACGAAGGAGCAUUCUCGACGGCGACAUCGAUCGAGCGCUGAAAUAUCUCUCAGCCUACUAUCAAAACCUGUUCGAUGAGCGGAAUAGAGACAUUUACUUCCGGCUUCGAUGUCGAAAGUAUGUGGAGAUGACAAGGAAAUAUGCCGAGCUUUCGGACGCUGUCUCGUCACCCACAACAGUGACGAAAAGUGUUGACUCACUAGGCAGUAACGGUCAUGCAAAAAUCGAGACGGAUGAACAGCACGAUCAACAUCAACCAGAUACACAGAUGGAACUUGAUGAUCAGUUACGGAGAGAAACGUCACAAAACUUGGAGCCCUCAGCGAACGAUGAUGUUGAUAUGGAUGUCUCACAAGAACUUCCCCCAAAGUCUGCCUUCAUGAAAGCAGACCAAAUCUUGAUGGCCUGUGUGGAGUAUGGACAGGAGUUGCAGCAAGAAUGGAAGUCGGAUCGAAGACCGCAUAUCCAGAAGCAUCUCCAAGACAUUGCGGCGAGCUUUGCUUACAGGAAUAUCUACGAGAGUCCCAUUAGCCAUCUCUUCUCUCUGGAGGGGCGAGCCGAGAUUGCAGAAGAGGUUAAUGGCGCUAUUCUAGUUUCACUCGGCAAGCCCUCCUCUGCAGCACUGGAGAAGGUCUGCUCUCAGACUGAGGUCCUUUUGGAAGAAUGCGCUGGCAGAGCAGGCCCAGCGGCAGCGGCAGCUUUCGUGAAUGUCAGGGACGACUUUCUGAAAGAUUAGUGUUCUGCGAGUCCGAAACUUGGAAGGAAUCUCGAGAUGGCCCUCAGAUGCAGAUAGAUUUGUCUGAUGUGGACAAUGAUUUGUUGCUGACAUGGUGAGCCCGUACAGGACGAUGGCACUCUUCCUCGGCUUGCGGCCACUUUCUCUGUUUGCCGCCGGAGCGGUAUCCAGAGCGGUUUCCUUGUGAUUGUGAGCACAGAAGCUCUCUACCAGCGGUGAACGGGAAUCGUUGGAAGCGAGUAUUU